AUGCCUUCAGACAAACUCAUCUCGCUCGAACACUUCUGUGAUCCCGUCAAACUUUCUCCAGAACAAAUCGCCUUCGAAGCUCUCUUGACAAAAAUCAAGUUCAACGCCGAGCUGGAAGCCCUGGGAUCAGCACUCGGUUUUGACCAAUUCAGCACCUCUGUCGGCAUUCGGUAUGACUCUCGACAAAAUGCGAACCAUGUUGUCCUCGUAUGGUGCAAAAGAACACCUGUCCAGACGAGUUCCCCUCUGCCAAAGGGAUGGACCGGGACUGAUUGCAAUCGGACCUACUCCCCGGAUGGGCAAGUCCCCAUCGAGGUUCAGUUUCUCCCCCAAGAUACACUCGAGCUAGACGCUAUGAUCGGGGCUUGUGCUUUAGGGUUUGGUGGUGUUACCAUUGGGCUGGUAGUGCUCGUGGGGGGUUCGGAGGAUCCCAAGCCCUGGGUCAUGACUGCAGGACAUGGGUUCCAACACUCCCCCUUGAUAGACGGAAGAGUCGACCCUCAUCACAAAGAUAACCUUGUCGCUCUCUGUCUCAUCGAAGAGGAGUGUGAUAUUUGCUACAAAUCCAACUGCCGGAUUUGUCCAGUUUGGAAAGGGCAGGGGCACCGUCUUGAAGUGGAACCAAACGAGAUCUUCAACUUUUACAACCCCAAGCUUGAUGCCCACUAUAUCAAAGAUCAGAACGAUAUUGGAGUCUUUCCACUUGUUAAUGCAAAGCUCACGGCUUUGCAAGUCUCGACUUGCCAGGAGGUUAUCAGAGAUUUCGUCUGCGACUCAGGUGCAUCAGCACACGAUAAAGAGAUUCUUGAACACGCUCAGAGUCAAUUUGCUCAACUGAAAGCUGUCGGUUUCCCAUUAAGACUUGAUGAACUCGAGGCCCUUAAAGCGGAAGACAAAUCGGGAAAACCAUUUUACAUUUUCAUGAAAGGUAUGAUGACGGGGUGGACUUUCGGUUGCCUCUCGGAUCUAGACACCAGGGGACUUGUGUUCAGGGAGCCCUUCAAGGCUGUUUCCAAACCUCCUAUUUCCGACAAGGGCGAUUCCGGUGCCCUUUUGUUUGUUCUAGAUCGCUCUCUGGUCGCACGACCGAUCGCUCUUCAUAGUGGGAAAUGGCGACUCGGACAGACCGGGGUACAAUACGGUGUAGGUCUAUGCAGAGCUGGCCGUGCAAUGAGGACUCUUGGUGGGCCGCAAUUCGAACCUCCUAAUAGCUUCUGGUUAGACCAGAACUCAUGUUAUACCCUCUGA